AGGGGGCGCUUGGGCUUUCACUGGAUCCAGCCCUGCCAGCCCAGCCAGCCAGCCUGAGACAACCCGCGCCAGCCACCCAGGCCUCAGCGAAGCCGGACUAAGCAGGCACCAUGCAGUGGAUUAGGGGCGGAUCAGGAAUGCUGAUCACUGGAGAUUCCAUCGUUAGUGCUGAGGCAGUAUGGGAUCACGUCACCAUGGCCAACCGGGAGUUGGCAUUUAAAGCUGGCGACGUCAUCAAAGUCUUGGAUGCUUCCAACAAGGAUUGGUGGUGGGGCCAGAUCGACGAUGAGGAGGGAUGGUUUCCUGCCAGCUUUGUGAGGCUCUGGGUGAACCAGGAGGAUGGGGUAGAGGAAGGGCCCAGUGAUGUGCAGAAUGGGCACCUGGACCCCAACUCAGACUGCCUUUGUCUGGGCCGUCCACUACAGAACCGGGACCAGAUGCGAGCCAAUGUCAUCAAUGAGAUCAUGAGCACCGAACGUCAUUACAUCAAGCACCUCAAGGACAUUUGUGAGGUAGGCCCAGCUAUGAUAGUUUAUGUGGGGGCACCCAGGGUGCAAGAUGGAUUCUGGAUAUACUCUGAGUACUGUAACAACCACCUGGACGCCUGCAUGGAACUCUCCAAACUGAUGAAGGACAGCCGCUACCAGCACUUCUUUGAGGCUUGUCGCCUCUUGCAGCAGAUGAUCGACAUUGCUAUUGAUGGAUUCCUUUUGACUCCAGUGCAGAAGAUCUGCAAGUAUCCCUUACAACUGGCUGAGCUCCUCAAGUAUACCGCCCAGGACCAUAGUGACUACAGGUAUGUGGCAGCUGCUCUGGCUGUCAUGAGAAACGUGACUCAGCAGAUCAAUGAGCGCAAGAGGCGUUUGGAGAAUAUCGACAAGAUUGCCCAGUGGCAGGCAUCUGUCCUAGACUGGGAGGGUGAGGACAUCCUAGACAGGAGCUCGGAGCUGAUCUACACUGGGGAGAUGGCCUGGAUCUACCAGCCCUAUGGCCGCAACCAGCAGCGGGUCUUCUUUCUGUUUGACCACCAGAUGGUCCUCUGCAAGAAGGACCUUAUCCGAAGAGACAUCCUGUACUACAAAGGCCGCAUUGACAUGGAUAAAUAUGAGGUAGUUGACAUUGAAGAUGGCAGAGAUGAUGACUUUAAUGUCAGCAUGAAAAAUGCUUUCAAGCUUCACAACAAGGAGACUGAGGAGAUACAUCUAUUCUUUGCCAAGAAGCUGGAGGAGAAGAUACGCUGGCUUAGGGCUUUCAGAGAAGAGAGAAAAAUGGUACAGGAAGAUGAAAAAAUUGGCUUUGAAAUUUCUGAAAACCAGAAGAGGCAAGCUGCAAUGACUGUGAGAAAAGUCCCUAAACAAAAAGGUGUCAACUCUGCCCGCUCAGUUCCUCCUUCCUACCCACCACCGCAGGACCCGUUAAACCAGGGCCAGUACCUGGUCCCCGACGGCAUCGCUCAGUCGCAGGUCUUUGAGUUCACCGAACCCAAGCGCAGCCAGUCACCAUUCUGGCAAAACUUCAGCAGGUUAACCCCCUUCAAAAAAUAAUACCUACAGGGAGGCAGAUAAUUUUAAAAUAAAGUAAAUAAAAUUAUAUUUAUAGAUGGACAUUUUUUUGGAGAAGCACUGUUGAAAUUUAUAUAUAUAUAAAUAUAUAUAAGCAUAUAUAUAUUUAUAUAUAUAGAGACAUAUAUAUACACAUAGACCCUUGAGUAUACACAUAAACACACACACACACACACACACACACACACACACACACACACACAGAAGGACCAAAAAACAUUUUCUGUUGUUUUGGGGAAGUGAAAUCUGUAGUUGGUAGGAAGAGGUACCAAUGACUUCCAAAUAUGUGAUCCCUUGUUAAAAGCUUUCUGUUCUUACCUUGUCCUCCUCCCCUUUAUUUUCAGAAAAUACUAUUUCUAUGUGUUCCUUUUCUUGUUGAGAUAAUCUCUUUGCUCCCCUGUGAGUGAUUCAUUGACUUGUCAUUAUUACCAUAGAUGUGUUUGUAUUGCCUUUUUUCUUUCCUGAUGAUACUGAUACUGAUGACUUUUGAAUUUAAUUUGAUGUGAUAGAGUUUGGGAGUUUAAAUUUCUUUUUUUUGUUCCUUUUACUAUUCAAUGGGUAAAGGGAAGAUACACCUUUCUCUUCUCCCUCAGCUGAUCAUCUGUGAAUGUUUCUGCAGCCUGGCAGUUGCCCCAGACAGCCUUUUCCCUGCAUCAUCUGUCCUCAGUCGUGCCAGUCUAGACAUGCUCUGUUGUGCUCUGUGACAUACUGCCUGAUAUUUCUCUUGCUUUCACUGUGUUUUAGGUGUUGUAGAGGGAUCAAAACCAAACAGAAUCAAGGGAGAGUCAGAGAAUAAUAAUGCUGGAAAGGACUUCUGUUCAGGGAACAUUCUGCAUUUGGGCUCUUCUCUAGCACUGGGAUUUCCAUGUUGUAGCACUGCUGGGUCAUGACAGUUUUGUAUCUGGGGUUUAGUUUGAGCCAGUUAUUCUCUUUUUCAAGCUGCUUUGGUUAUGCUGUUCCUUGUAGGCCUCUCCCUCCCCUAAGCUAAAAGAUUUGAAUUUGAAGCAAAGAGGAUGAGGCUCUGCUUCCUGGGGAGAAGGAUUCAAUUGCCUCCAGCACCAAAUGGGCUUAAAGUUGGGGUUCCCCACUGCAAUCAUUUCAGGGGACUGGUCAUCCCUACUUACAUUUUCAGAUAGUUUAGGCAGCAUUUAUAGGAGUCUAUGAAGGGGUCAAGACAGAGCCCAUCUGACCAAGAUCAUCAGCUGCCUUCAAAUUAUUGACCUGGACAGGAUACAAAACUGACCUUAAACUCUUGAAGGAAAGAACAGGGAUGGACAUGGAAAGAGACAGCCUCAGCCCCAGAUAUGUACCUGCAGUUCCUACCACUCAGGUUUUGUGAGACUUCCCCUAUUGUUAACAGAAUGCAUGGACAAUCUUCCAUGAUUCCUUCCUUCCCCUCUCCCUAUAGUCCUUGUUUCUCCUGUUCUGGCACAGGAGAAUUGCUGCUAUUAGCAUAGUUAAAGAACUCCUGUGACUCUAAGUAGGCCCUGUUUCCAGUAUUCUCUCAUCCCAGGACAUUGGAAGCAAGUAAGUGAAGAGCCCAGGGGACUCUUCCCUGUGGAGAAAAGAUCUGAGGUAGAGACAGUACCCUCAGGCUUAUUUUAGGCAGGCUUUAUACUUGGGCAAAUCUAACUUCUCCCACUAAGGGGCAGGCUCCCUAUGGGUGCAGGAGUGCCUGUUCCUCCUCCCCACAUAGCCCUUCAGGUGAACAGACCUUGAACAGCAAGGGAAUGAAGUACAAAGAAGUGAGAAUGGGCCCUGCUAUGGAGAACCACUUAAGGGAGGAAUCUGGAAAUUGUGAGUCUGUUCUGAAGUCUAUGGGAGAAAACUUCAUCAUGAAAGGACCUCAGCUUACUAAGCAGCAGCUAUGGCUGCAUGAAGUCCUCAGCAUAGCUGACUUGAUUGCCGCUCUAUGCCUCCUGACCCAGACCAGGCCCUGCCCAGCCUGGGAGUUUUUCCUCUGUGGGAAUCAAAUUACAAGCUGUUUAUGCUUCCAUUCCACCACAUUCAAAUCAGACUUGCGGGGUAAGCCAAGGGUAAACCUGAGCUGGGCAGAGGGCUGGGGCUUGGGACUGGCCAUGGCUGCUCAGCAAAUGACUCAGCUACUUAAGCCCCCUUGGCAAGGAAACUGGUAUCCAGCACCUAAGCUAAAACGACUUCCCUGGAAAACAGCAUGUAUUUCAAUGGCUGUGUAGGCCUCCCUUGAGUAUACAUCCUUUUCCUACUUUCCAUUUUUCUCCACUAGGCUUAACUGUGACAUUUCUCCAGGGGCUAGGAGCAAACCAAGAGGAGAUGCUUGGCCAAGUCCCUGGGCCUACAACAUCUCUUAGCCAAGCCCCCUUACCCUCCCUCGAUGCCCUUCUCCCCUGAGCCUGUCUCAGAGCUCCAGGAUCAGGGGUAUUACCCCUUGCCACCCACCUUUCAUCUACCCAAACCACUGGCCUCACCAAAUGCCAAUAACUAGUGAAAACAAUGAAACAUCAGUUUACCAUUGGUUGGAGUGUUCCCCCAGCUUAUGGUAGCAAAGCAGACCAGUGAUCAACAACCCCAAGUAGAGCCCUAUUACCUGAGAUCAGGGUCCAGGUCUAUUCUGUGUCCCCACAGCAGUGCUAUCCCCAAGAACUCUGUAAAUCUCCUCUAUGUGUGCAUGGCCCCCGAGCUCCCCUUUCCUCAAUUCAAUGAGGCCUGGAUUUGCUCUUCAAAAGGCUUUGCUAGUGUGUUUUAUGGGCCCUGCUGUGGGAUGGUCCUAACACAGAAAUCCAACUCCUCUUUCUCUCUCCCUCUCUCCUCUUCUCUCUAUGUGUAUAACUCUAAUGGAUUUAUCAAGGACAGCAACAAGAGAGUUCUAAUAAUUCUAGUGUGAAGCCAAAUAGUGAUCUUUUAGUGCUUUGGGGCUGGGGUGGGCUGGGGUGGAUAGAUGGGUAACAGUGAUUUUGAUUACCCCUGCUGCUCUGCAUUUGCCAGUUUAUUAUUUUGUUUAUUCUGACUGUUUGACCCUGUCAAACAAGUGUCAAAGUUGUGUGUUUAAAAAAAUGUUUAACAACAAAAAUAUGAUGUUGUAAUGACACAAAGCCUUAUGAAAAUAUUUAUGGAGUUCAAUAAAAGAAGUAAAAAGACA